CUGAUAAGAAGGUUAUCGACAAGCAAUGUGACUACUGAUCGAUUCACACCUGUGCUUGAAAAUUUUCUUAAAACAGCAAAUAAUGUCGAUACAGCGAAAAGUUCACCAAAUGAAUUUUUUUUAAAUUUAUCGAAAUUUUUAUGUUUCUUUAUGCGGUAUUAUAAUGAAAUGGGAAAAGCAAGAAAAUCUAGAAGGAAUAAAGAACUCAAUAUCGAAAUAGAUUUCGGUCAACUGGUAAUCGUUAUUCAAAGUGGUGAAAUAUUUUCUAAUGAAAUGAAUCGCCUUCGAACUUCGUUUCACUGUCGAAAAAAAACAAUUAAAAAUUUUUCAAGAAGUGAAUGA